GAGUUAAACAUGGCCACAAAGAAAACCGAAUCGAAGAAAAACGAGAAAACGGAUAAAUCUGAAAAAGCUUUAGCUGCAGAAAAGGAGCAAUUCGUCAAACUGCAGCUUCAAAGCAUCACCAAAUCCAUCACCAAUGUGGAGGCCCCUAUCAAAGAGAAAUAUGGACGCAAUAUCAUUUUAGGCACACAUAAGGAAGGCGGUGCCGUCACGUUCUGGUCUCAUGCCGUGAGUCUGCCGCUGUCCAGUAACGCCAUCCUCAGCUGGAAGUUCUGCCACGUGGUGCACAAACUGCUUCGAGACGGCCAUCCUAACACUUUACGAGACAGCAGAGGUCACACCGCAAGCAUUAGACAGAUGGGAACAUUAUGGGGGAAUCUACAUGAUAGAUAUGGACAUAUUGUUGCACUGUAUGCCAAGCUGCUGUGUGUUAAAAUCGAUUUCCAUUUAAAGCAUCUGGAAAUCCCACCAAACCUUGAAGCUCCUGAACAGGUUCUUGAUAAAGCCAUCGCCAUUGAUAUUAACAAAGUGUUUGACAUGACAGGUGAGGUUCUGGAGUACAUGGAAGCAGCUCUAAAGCUGCAAGAAACAGUUUUCCGGCAGAUGGAGUCCAGCUCCACCAGCUCUACCACUCCUGUGGGUCAGUGCCGUUUGGCACCGCUGGUUCUCGUCAUCCAGGACUGCGGUCCGCUCUACCAUUUCCUGGUCAAGCUCUUGUUCAAGCUACACAGCCGAAUACCGCUGGACGCUCUGUUAGGACACAGGGAACGAUUCCGUGAGCAGUUCAACAGUUUGACGCAGUUUUUUGAGAGAGCGAGAGGGAUGGAAUUUUUCAAAUCUAUCAUUCAGAUUCCUGAUCUUCCCGAUGAGCCUCCAAAUUUCCUGCGUGCGGCUUCAUUUGCUGAUCACGUGAAGCCUGUGGUCGUUCAGAAUGAGACAUUCCCUGACUACGAUGAUACGGAUACGCAGCUGGAUUUUGGUGAAGGAAACUAUCAGAUGUAUUACGGAUACAACCAGUUUGACCCUCCAACUGACAUACCAGAGCAAAGAGAGACCGAGGCUGAUACUCUGAGGAAGGAACUUGAGGUGGUGAAACCAGAGCUGGAGCUCAUAAAAGUGGAGGCCCAGCGUGCCGUGGUCCAGCUCAAAUCUCAGGUCAAUAUACUGGAAUCUGAGCUUGAGGACCAGCGGACGCACAAGCAGAUGGCGCUGGUGGAGAACGAACGUCUGCGCAUGGAGGUGGAGAGCCUCAGAGUACAGACCGCAGUCGCUGCCAGCAUACAGGCCACGGUCGAGGACGCGGGCAGCAGAGCUCAGACUGCUCAGAUACAUUUCACUCGACUCAAAGAGAAACACGCUGAGCUGGUUAGCAAACAUGCUGAUCUCAUGCGGAAGAAUACAGAGAUGGUGAAGCAGCUCAGCAGCACUCAGCAGGUGCAGGAGGAGCUGUUCACAUACAAACAGCAGAUGGCAGUAGAGGUGGAACAACAGAAACAGGACAACAGCUCUAAGCUGGAGGCACAGAGAGCAGAAAUUGAACGUUUGAAGCAAGAGCUAGCGUCCGAGAGGGCUGAAAUAUCCCAAGUCCAUAAUGCUUUGCAGAGCAAGGAGAAGGCCGGAGACGAGUUGAGCAGUGUGUUGGUGGGUCUUCAGGCAGAAAAAGAGAAACUACUUCGUACAGUGAAAGGUCAGGAAGCUGAGAUCACUAGCCUGCGUCAGGCCGCCCAUCUCCACCAGACCAUCCUACAGCAAGAGAGAGACCGACAUCAGAGAGAGAUGACAGCGCUGCAGAACCAGCUGCAGGAAAAAACAGGAGACCAGCUGAGCAGUGUGUUAGUGGGUCUGCAGGCGGAGAAGGAGGUUCUUCUACGUUCAGUGAAAGAACAGGAGGCUGAGAUCACUAACCUGCGUCAGGUCACCCAACUCCACCAGGCCACACUUCUGCAGGAGAGAGACAGGAGUCAGAGAGAGCUGGCAGUGCUGCAGAGCCAAAUGCAGGCCAAGUUAAGUCAGGACUUAGGACUGUUGCAGCAGAAGCUGCAGGAUGAGCAGUUCAGUAUGUUGCAGUGCGCUGUGGUGGAGGCCGAGGGCAUCGUGCUGGACGCUGUGGCCAAAGUGGACGAUCCACUACACGUGCGCUGCAUCAGCACCCCAGAUUAUUUGAUCAAUCGUGCUGAGUUGACGUUGGCGUCCAUUGAUAAGAUGCAGCACAGUCAUGCGGCUUACUUGAGGAAUAUGGAUGACGCCAGUGGUUUGUUGAGGUCGGUGACCCAGUUCUCCCAUCUCAUCGCUGACACUAUUGUGAAUGGAGCAGGAACUGCACACUCAGCACCUACGGACCAAGCAGACCAUGGUCCAAACUGGUCUAGACAAGAAAUAUUGAGCCAGGCAAGAAGAGAUUCAUCUGGAGUGAAGCUGGAAGUUAAUCAAAACAUCAUUGGCUCGUGUUCAGAUCUAAUGAAGGCUAUACACAUGCUGGUGAUGGCUGCUACUGACCUGCAGAGAGACAUUGUGGAAAGUGGCCGGGGUGCUGGUUCUGUCAAAGACUUCUAUGCUAAAAAUUCACGUUGGACAGAGGGACUCAUUUCAGCGUCAAAGGCUGUAGGAUGGGGUGCAACGCAGAUGCUUGAAUCAGCUGAUAAAGUCGUGACCGACAAAGGCAAAUAUGAAGAGCUGAUUGUCUGCUCUCAUGAGAUCGCCGCCAGUACGGCACAACUUGUUGCUGCUUCAAAGGUAAAGGCAGAUCGAGGCAACAAGAAGCUCCAAACUUUACAGCAAGCAUCCCGUCACGUGAAUGACAUGGCCGCUGUUGUGGUGUCGUCUGCUAAAUCAGGACAAAUGCAGAUUGAGAACAAGAGUGAGUGUCAUGGACACAUGCAAAAAGCAUGA